UUCAGGCCUAUCUAAAUCCACAACGGAAUAAUAACUCUCUGUUUUGCUCGGCGAGGUCACCUCUUUCUCUGAAACGGUAAAAAGCAAAACUGUCGAGAAAGGGGUUAUAAAAAUGAGUGUAGGUCGACAUAACAAUGAAUUAAACAUUAGUGUCUAAAUUAUGAAUAUUUUUCGAGGAUGCCAGGCGGACACGAAGCACUAGUAUCUUUAAUCAAGGACUCGCGGUGGGAGAGGAUGGGAGAGGCUGCCUGCGCGUUCACAAACCCUCCCAUCGCUCUGUGACUGACGACGGGAGCGCGCAGUGGACCGUACGUCCUCAGUCGGGAGAGGAAAAGAGCCUCCGGAUUUCAUCGCUUCUUCCAACCCGGAGAAAAAUGUUUUCUCCGCGGCCUACUGUUGUUUUUAUCAACGUGGAGAAAAGUCCCGUAAAAAAAUCAACUGUAGAGGACGUUACUUUUUUUGACCACUGAUCUGUGAUAUAAAGUGGAUCUAAGCCAAAAAGUGUCCCGUUAGAAAAACAGCAAGGACUGGGAAUUUGUCUUGUGGACAGGUGACCAACAUGGCGUUGUGGCUGGUCUCUGUCCUGGUGGUCUGGACGUCUGUGCUGGGCCUCACCCAGUGUUGUCCAGAACCCUGUACCUGUUCAGAUAAAUAUACCCACCAGUUUGCUGACUGUGCCUACAAAGACCUGCUGCUACUUCCUGUUGGACUUCCUUCCAAUGUUACCACCCUGUCUCUCUCUGCCAACAAGAUCAAACACCUGGAGGCCAAGAGCUUCAUCAACGUCACCCAGGUGACCUCUCUAUGGCUUGCCCACAAUGAGAUUGUGACCAUCGAGAGGAACACCUUGGCCCCCCUUGUCCAGCUUCGCAACUUGGACCUCAGCUACAACAAGAUUAUCAACUUCCCCUGGGAGGACCUGGCUAAGCUCACCGUCCUUCAGCUCCUCAAGAUGAACAACAACGAGAUGAUCAACCUGCCUAAAGACGCCUUCUCCACUCUCAAAGACCUGAGGUCCCUGAGGAUCAACAACAACAAGUUCACAACCAUAGUCCAGGGGACCUUCAGCUCUCUAAGCUCCAUGUCUCACCUUCAGAUCUACAACAACCCAUUCACCUGCUCCUGCAAUCUGGAGUGGCUGAGAGACUGGAUCAGUGAAUCUAAGAUCUCUGUUCCAGAGCAGGACUCUAUCGUCUGUGAGGCCCCUGAACAUCUGAAAGGGGCCCUGGUGACCAAAAUACCCAAGCUGGACUGCAGGGCCCCAACAGUGUCCAUCACCUACCAGCCUAAACUUGACAACACAGAGCUAUAUGAGGGCUUCAUGGUGAUUCUGAACUGUGAGAUUAAGGGCAACCCCAACCCCAAACCAGAGGUCAGCUGGGAGGUGGUGAACGGGGGUAACCAGAAGUUUACAUUCAACUUGCCCUCCGUGGUCAACGAGCAGAGUGACUUGCCCGUCAAUGAUAAAACCACCAACGGUCGGUUUCUGGUCUUUCAGAAUGGCACCCUGAUCAUCCCGAGAAUGAGUAAGAAGGAGGACGGGAAUUACAGCUGUUCGGCUGUCAACGACCUUGGUAGAGCGGACAGCACUGUGAAGGUUGUGGUGGCAGGCACCAAGAAACAGGCCAUCAACUCCAUGCUGGACACAACAUCUGGUAAGAUCCGACCAUCUGGUGGAAACAAGGCAGAGCCGAAGAUGACCAACAACGUCAUCAACUGGCCCAAGUCUGAAUCAGAGAAGACCAAGACCGUUCCAACAGGAUCGACUGUCAAACAUGGCAACGGCCCAGUCCACGCUGGCAAGGCCUCAGAGGAGCUGCAGUUUGCCAGUAAGUGUGGAAUCAGCGAUGGCACUCAAUACAUCUCCAACCAUGCGUUCAAUCUCAGCCUGGACGAGCUGAAACAGUACACUUUUGAUUUUGGCGUCAUUGCCUUGGAGGUUUCAGAGACAGAGGCGAAGGUGCAGCUCAACCCUCUCCAGCUCCCCAACAGUAAGAGCAACCUCCACAUCAGCAACAGUGAGAACCUAGAAACAGUCAACAAGGAGCCAUUCAGGCUCUUCCAGGCCUCCAACCAAAAAGCCCCAUUGGACAUGUUAUAUCUGUGUGUGAAUACUGGAAACGGCCACGCUGUGAUCCAGUGGUCCAAGAUAGAGGAAGGGAUCAACGCUUACAAGUUCCAGCACCUGCAACCAGGAACUAACUACACCCUGUGUCUGACCUACGGAGGUCAGGACUGUCAGGUUCAGGUGGUCUUCACAACCAGGAAGAAGAUUCCCUCUCUGCUAAUCAUAGUGGUGGUGAGCACCUUCCUGUUAGCCCUGGCUACAGUCCCUCUACUCGGUGCCACCUGCUGUCAUCUGUUGUACAAGUACCAGGGGAAAACAUAUAAGUUGAUCAUGAAGGCUGCGCAGCACAACCCCGAUCAAAUGGAGAAACAGAUUGAUUUCGACCCCCGGGCAUCGUUUGUGGAAUCGGAUAAGAAUUUUAACCCGAGUGAGAUGGGAGAGGGGGAGGGCGCAGAGGGUGAGGAUGGGGAGGAGGUGGAGGGGAGUGUGGUUACAGAGUCCAUCCCGGGUUCAACGUCUAAAUUCGAGGUGGGUUCGGAGUACAGCGAUAGAUUACCGUUGGGCGCGGAGGCGGUGAAUAUCUCCGAGGACGGAAAUGGGAACUACAAAGAGCCGAGUCGCUGAGCAGUUACGUGAUGCUACCAGAGAAAAGUGUAAAAUAGUUACAGUCAACUACAUUUUUCCUAUCAUUAUUUCACGUAAAUAUUAUAUCCUUGAUAAAAUUGGAUAGCUCAUUUUACCUCAGAAAGUGGUCCGAUUGUCAAAAGGAAUAGUUGUGAAGUAGACAAAUGGUAUUGUAAAAUAAAAACAGCAUUACAGUAGCAAUAGGCUACUGCAAUAACAUUUUUUACAGUUCAAACAGACCUCAUAACUGGUAAAAAAAAAAAAAAAAAAAAAGAAGCCAUUGAGAUGUCCCCUUUAAGCAGGGCG